CGCAGGCGGGGCAGCCGGCAGCGCGCGCGUGUCCCCGAGUGUGAGAUGAAUCGGAGCCACACGACUGGGGGUUUCCUUCCUAGUGGUUUUGAUCAGCAACCCAUUAAGGGAUCAUGGAAACUUUUUUCUGGCCAAAAGGAUGAAAACUGAGUCAACUACUUCUUACUGUCAUUGAUGGAAGGGCUCUCAUUAACCACCUCUGAUCCGCUGGCAUGACCCUUUGGAAAAUUCUUAAGUGGAGAUGGAGCAAGCUUGACUGGAGUUGUGGAAAAAGAAGACAGAUUUGGAUUUUUCAUGCAGACAAAAAAAUAGCUGCUAUGAUUUUUCCAGGAACGUGGACAGGGGCCAAGUGAAGCUGAACUGGUCAUGCUCUGUCGCCCAGUGCUCCUUUGUCGUCGGCGACUGUGUGCCCGGCCCUUCUUGGUGGGCUUGGUGGUGGCCAUCUGUCUCUUCUACCAGACUCUGACCUUCCGAGGCAGGAGGAAGCUCGUGGCCACUGUCCCUGGGGCUCCCCCCGCCACAGCCAGCUAUGAUACCCAGGCGGACAGAUGCAAGGACGGAUACGCGCGGGACAGGCAGUGCUUCCUUUUCUCCGGAAAUGCACAGGAAAUCAGAAAGCUAGAAGAACUGACGGAGACACACUGGGGCGGUGACGGCAGACGGGCUGUACUCUACCUGCCUUCUUCCUACAAUAGAACAGAACUUCAGCUCUACCAGCAUAUCCUCACAGAGCAUCAUUACACUAUUGUCAUCGCCGAAGAAAGGUUCAGUGCUGGCCGUGGGCUGGGGCUGCUAGAACAAGAUAAUUUGGAUGCUUGGGAUUUACUCAUUUGCCUGCCUUCAAGGAAAACUGAUGGAAAACCCUGUGUAUCCAAGGAAGAUAUGUGCCAGUUAGGUUUACAUCAAAAGAUAAAUGUACUACCAGAGCUGUAUCAUCUUUGCAGAAAGGAAGGAUUAUGUCAAAUAAUUAGAAGAUUUCCAGAAUUGCGACCUAUUGUGAGUCCUUCUGUGUGUCUGGAUCAGGAAGGACAUUUACAACUGAAUACUUCAAGUCACCUUUUAAAAGCAGUGAAGUCACACAUGUGGAAAUCGUGGGGCUGGCAACAUGAACAGCUAAAUCAAACAAAAGUCCUUGUUCCGCAUGAGACAAUCUUUAGAACUGAGGAUCUAUCUGUGAUUCUGAAAGCGUAUGUGUUGGUGACAUCCUUAACCCCUUUGCGUGCAUUCAUUCAUUCAACCAGCACAGUAUGGAUUCCACCAAAGAGAAAGCGCUUCACUGUCAAGCUGCAAACAUUUUUUGAGACAUUCCUGAGGGCCAGUUCACCUCUGCAGGCCUUGGAAACUAUGAAGGAAGCAAUCAGCAAACUCCUACUGGCAGCUGAAGUCUUCAGUGAAACAUCUAAUCUGGGACCAAAGACUUCCCAUAGGUGUAGGUUAUGUUUUCAGCUUUUAACGUUUGAUAUUGGUUAUGGCAGUUUCAGGUAUCCUGUAGUGCUUCAGGUGCAUGAGCAUUUACAUUUGCAAGAUGAUGGUAAUAUGGAUUUUGAGGACCAAAAUACAGAAAAAUUCCUUUUAAAAGACACUUUUGAUUUUCUCUUCUCCAAUAAAUCUUCACUGUCUGUAUUUUCUGAGAUAUUUCAGAGACUUUAUAAAUCAGGUGUAUUUAAGGGUGAAAACUAUCAAAAGGAACUCAGUCAAUGUCUGUUAUUAGAUGAAAUUGAUUCAAUUAGGACUUUCGUAAAGGAAGUUGCGAGUCUGGGACAAUUCCAGCUGCUCUUCCCCUCUAAUCCACGUAUUCAAUCUUUGAUUCAUGAAUUUUAUGAUACAAGAAAUCUUAUGGGAAAACCGGGCUCAGUCCUGACUCUUUUAAAUAUAUUUGAACAAUUUUGGCUCAUGAAUAAAAAGGCACGGCUACAUCCACUGGAAUGGAAUUCUUCCAUGGAAGAUGAGAAUAUGGAAAAACUACAAACUUCAUUUGAUGCAAAUGACAGUAAAAAAGCUGCAGCUCCACAAAUUUUAAAUGAAAAUAAAGAUGUACAAUGCAGUAAUGAUAAAGACACAGUAUGCCAUCUCACACAGAUCUUUACACAUCCACAUUUGGACCUAAAUCCUGAAUUUGAUGCAAAGAUCAGAGAUUAUUACUCGGAAGUCCCAUUUGAUGUGGUGAUGCUGACAAUUGGAGCAAAAACUUCUAAGUGUCAGUGCCAGGUGCACCUGCAUGAGCAGGCGGGACCCAGCUUUGCCAAAUACCCUCUAGGUUUAGGAAUGAACAAAAUCUCACUGCUGGUGGUGGAUGAAGCUCUAGCAGAGGCUGAGACCGUGAUCACAUAUAAAUUCUCCAUUUAUAGAGAAGACCGCCCAAGUCUGCCCUUUUUCGAGGAUUUCAAAGCUUGCGGUUUUGUGCAGGAUUAAACAGAUUUGCAAGGCUACAUACUCCAGCCAGGAAGUGCUACCUAUAGCUUCAGCCUUACAAAACAACUGACCAUGGGCUGGACCUCCAAAACUGAGCCAAAAUAAGCAUUCCUUCUUCAUAAAUUAUCUCAAGAAUUUGUUGCAGAUGGAAAGUUGAGUAAUACAAUCUUUUCGCGAUGCUUCCCAUAACUUCACUUCCAGUUCUAGAUUCACCACUGUUGUAUAUUUUAUGAUACAAAUAUGUUUCUAUUCAUUUUCUCAACAUUGUCUAGUUUUUCUUAUAAGGAAUGGUAAACAAUGAAAGUAUUUUCAAAGAUUUUUCUUGGAUUUCUUAAAAUUUGAAAGGCAAGCAUGAUUUACUUAUGUAAUGUGACAGCAAAUUGAAUAGGUCAGUGAUUAUUUAAAUAGCAUAAAUUAUUGUUUCUCAGUUUUACUUCCUUUGUUAAACACAAUUUGAAUCUAUGAAAACAAAAAAGGAAAGAAAAGGAAAAAUUUACCAAAUAUCAGGUGAAACACCUGCCAAACAGUCAUAAAUGUUGGAUGCAAAUUUAUUCACUUAAGGGCUGGGGGUUUAGCUCAGUGGCAUAAGUAUCUGCCUGGCAAGCAUGAGGUCAUGAGUUCGAUCCCCAGUAAUGCCAAAAAAAAAUAUAUAUAUAUAUUCACUUAAGUAUUUAAAAUGUGUUUUCCUUUUUUAUGUUUUUGUUUACAUAACAUCUGACUCUGUAAAAGCAAAAGCACACUUUUCUUGUCAAAUUUUCAAAAUAAAGGCUCUAAAUUGACCAUAAAUGAAAAGAAAGACUUUGUUUAUUAGCAGACCAGAUUCAGGUUUGAGAGUAUAAUUAUGCAUGAAUAUCUUUCAAUUAUCUUAACUCCCUUCAUCAUAGUAUUUAGUCAUGGAAGUGCAAUGAAAUUUUUAGUGCAAUAUUCAUGUUAUUUAAAAUUCUAUCUUUUAGAAUUAAUUCCUUCUGCUUUGCAGUUUCCUUCUCUUUCCAACUCCAGCGUCUGGAGAUCUUACCAUAGAGUUCAUAAUGCACCCAUGAAUUAAGUCAGUUCUCUGAAUAAUUAACCAUGACUACAUACAGUAUAAAGUUUCAAAAUUGUUUUGUUCCUUUUCGCUUCUUUUUUAUGAAUAUAUAAAGUAAAUUUUUUUUAUAAUUCAGAAAAUGUCUUCAGAUGUUAUAAGACUGGAACUCAUGAAGAUCAAGUAUUUCUUUCAAUUCUGGCUUUCAUAUAAAUCACUCAUAUUUCAUUUGUUAGAUUUCUAGUUUCUUCUGCAUUAAACCAACAUAUGAUUUCAUAUGUCUGUGGCUCUUAUAAGCUUAAUGCUAUUGAGAGCAGUCCAAGUUUUUAAAACAUUAUAAUGUAUGUGGCUAUAUUGACAAAUCAACCUCCUUCUUAUUGAAUCAGCUUACUAUAUCUGAUUCUGUCCACUUUAGAAUGCUAAUUUGAGUAAACACAAUUUACCGACAAGCUCUGCAAUUAGGGCCUCUUGGAGUUAGGCUUAUAAAGAAAAACAAAGCCACUAGUAAAAUUCAGAAGAAGAUCAUAUUUUGCAAAAUGUUAUUCAAUUAUGUAUAUGAGUUGGGUAUGAUGUUGGAAGACCUGGAAUGGUGCACUGAUUUAUUACCUCAGUGACACUGAGCAUGCCACAUCCCAGAAAAUUGCUAUGAUAUGCAAAAUAGAGAUAAAACUUGCUCUAGCCUAUUUUGGUAUGUUGUUAUUAAUAAUAAUUGGUAAUAAAUAUAAAAGACUUUUGUCAGUUAUGGAGUGUUACACAGAUGAGAGAUGUACUCUAUUCAUUUAUACAGCAGGCAUAUUGAUUAAUUUUGAAUGAUUUCAGGUCACUCUUUUUUUAGAGUUUUGGCUUAAUACAUAUUCCUGACAUCCUAUUGUACUCAGGGAAAAGCUGCUGUUUUCAUUAGUAAUAAACCAAAAUGUGUAAUCAAACUGCAUGAAUUGGCAUUGUAAAACCAAUUCAGAAAGACAUGUUCUGCCAUUUCAAAAGGAUGUUUAUCCUUGGAUUUUAAGAGGUAAAGUUAUUUUGGUCUUUUAUCUUUAGAGUACUUCCAUUUUUUUAAUUCUUUUUAAAGUUAAGACUCAUGGAACAAUAAAAAAAAAUGUACAAUUGGUAAUGGUAUUUUCCUAGAUGAUGCAAGAAAUCAGUUCAGGAGAAAGUUCUUUAAUGUAAAAAUUCCUAAGUGUUAAUAGAUCAUGAAAAUCAGCAACAACUGUUGUGCUGAGGAUCAUGAUCUCCAAGUAGAGGGCAGAUAAUUCCCCAGAGAUGAAAAGAGUGCGUCUGGUGUUUGAGCUGCGGCCACAUUUAACUUUCAUGUCCUUUCGAGACCAGACACACUUUGUGGAAGAAGAAAGUUAAUGCAGCUGCCUUUGCUAAUCAGUCAAUAUGACCCAGCCCCUUGGGGAGGAAAGCAGAGGCGGCCACGCUGGGAGACCCAGCAGCCUUGCUGAUUAACAGCGAAUGCUGGUAAAGUACCCUCUAAGUCUGUCUGCUCCAUCAGGCCUAAAAAUGUAAUUUAGAUGAUUAUCUCUGUGCCCAUUAAACUUGGUGACCUAUUAUAGUUCGUUUGAAGUUGGCCUGCUUACACUUGUUAAUAAGAAGAAAAGAAGGAUUAACUCAGAGGUCAUGAAAGCAGAGUGUAGCCAGAUGAUGGCAAAAGCACAAGUGCACAUAGCAAACCCUCCUCUGCCCUUGCAGGAAAGAGGAAGAACCCAAACAGUAAGGGGCUGUCAACACAAUUCAUUGCUUUAUGGAAAAAAGGAGCUCUUUGAAUGCUUAGCAGGACUGAAUUUUUCACCUUCCACUUUCAGGGUGCUUUGAUUAAUUCUUAAGCAUCACAUUCUAACAAGGUGGAGAGUCAUGUUCAAGAUCCCAAGACCAUUGAAAGCGUUUACAGCAUAAAGUCAGUUUGAGAAACUUUCGGAAGGUUAUAGAGGCACUAUCUGAAUGUGUGGACUGUUUUGUGUUUUGUAUGGGGUGUAAGGUAUGAAAGAACGUACUAGAAUGCAUUAGUUUUGGUUCACUUUCAAGAGUUUUUAAAGUGGCAAGAGCUGAGCUCAGCUGCUAAGGUCAUCAGUUGACUCAGCCGUGCUCCGCAGAGUCGCUCAUUGUGGGCAUACACGGUGGACACACAGUAACAGUAUUUCUUACUGGUCAGAAUUGGAACCUGCUGAGAAAGGUGGUCUAGUAAAACUGUUUAGAAGCUGACAGCUUUACCUACUUGAUAUUUCACUUUUAAAAACUUAAAAUGAUUUUUUAUACAAAUCUUUUUGUGCCAAGAAACAAAGAAACAAAGGAUAAAAAAGUUUUAUCUUUUGAGACAGGAUCUAAAUUACCCCAGCUGCCUCAGACUCGUCCUGCCUCAGCCUCACAAGAAACUGGGACUACAGGGAUGACAACCACUACACCUGGUUUUAUUUUGCAGUUUUUAAGAAGUUGGUGAAAAUGUCUUAAUAUUUCCAAAUUAGUCCAUCCCAUCCAAAAGAUCAAAAAUGCAUUGUUCUAAAUUUUAUCACAUAAACUAAUGUUAACUUUUUAAAUUCCCCUCUUUUGUAUUCUCCUAUCUGAGAGACUGUCCAGCACAUGAUAAAUAUUCAAUAAAUACUUGCUGAAUGAAUAAGUGUGUUCAUUAAUCUAUGGCAAGUAUACCAAGAGAGAAAGAGUGGUGGCUAUGGUGACCCUCUUUCCCUGCAUUUAGAAUAAUAGUGUUGAGAUGUAGUUUUUCCCAGGCAUUUGUAAACUGAUUUUUGAAUUAAUAUCUAAUUCAAUCAUUUUACCUUAAAAUCAUUGUGUUUGAAAUUUAUUUUUCAUAGUACAGAUGGCACCACUGAAGCAGCUGAAUGUAUUUAUAUCUAUGGGAGAAAAUCACUUCCUUCUUUGGCCUCAACAGACCCUUUUACACCAGCCGCACCCUAGUGAUACUCUGUUUACUUGCAUAUCCCUCUGAUGUAUUCCUGCCUUGUCUUAGUAUCCCUGGAACUUCUCAAAGUGUAAUGUGGAAGGCCGAUACCCAGUGAAUAUUUGUUGAUUGAGUACAUGGCUGUUGAAGAAUAAAUCCACAUGACAAAUCUGCUUAGCUUCUAGAAUAAUGAAUUCACAUGUCUCCUAUCAGAUUCCCUAUACUCAGUAGCAUCAGACUCAUUACAGAAAAUCCAUGGUUUUCACAUUUCUCUGUUGCUGUAACCAUGUUCUUAUAUCUCUUUGAGCCCUAAUUCUGCCAUUUACAGCUGAUCAUUAUGAGCCCUUCUCAUUUUGCCCCAGUCUGUUUGGCAAAAAUUGUCUUUUGUGUUUCUCUAUAUAAAUGUAGGUCUUUUAAUUCAUUAUAACUUUACGUGCUUACUAAGUCAAUAAAUAUAAGUAAGCAAUUGUAAUAUAUAUGAUACAAAACACAGUGCCGAACAAAAAUAAAUAGUCAAUAAAAGUUAACAUCAUUAUUAUGAUAUACAAUAACAGUGCUGGGAAAUAGGUAUGAUUUCCAUCUUGAGCUCAGUCUAGACAGAAAACCAAGUGCUUAAUAGGUAAUAAUACUACAUUAAACUAAAUGUAACUGUCAUAAGUACUAUGAUUGAGAAAUAGAAAGUCCUAGAAGAAAUAAGUUUUCAUCCUUCAUAAAAUUUAGUAGAUCAGAGUUUUAAGGCUCUCAGUUUCCUCUAUUGUCAACAAAGGAAGUUUUUUCAAUAAUCGUUCAAUAAUUUGUAAAUUAUUGAUUAUAUAAUUUCUAAUUUACUCAGUAAAUGUUAACAUAUCUCCACCAUUUAAAUUUAGAAAAAUCUCUAGUUGUAUGUGCCAAAACAUACAAUUACUCAAACUUAAAUUCUUGUUUUUCUUCAAUAUAUCUUCAUGUAUUUUCCAGUGGACAGAAUUUAUUUUAAUACAUAGUAGUUAGCAGGUAAUUUCUUACUGUUAUGGUUUUUUGUUUUGUUUUGUUUUGUAGUUCUGUAUUGCGUGUACCCUUACGCCGCUUUGGUUUGUUUUGUGUUUUUAUCUUUUUUCCUCUUAAAUAAAAAAAAAAAAUACAUAGUAGAAAUAAUAUGUUAGACUAUCAAAUGAGAAAUAUAAUGUCCAAAGUCAGAUAAACCCAUAAACUUAAUGAUUACUUAUAUGAUCAAUUAGCUAGAAAAUAUUUUUAAUUAAAAAGAGUUGCAGUUUUGGCCUCCGAAUAGUUUUCAUGAAUUCUGAAAAUAUUAUUUGAAAAAUACAAUCUAUUUGUACUUUCUUUAUGAAUUUUAUUUAAUAAAAAAUGCUCUGGAAGUAUAGCCCCUUUUCUAAAGUCUAAGAUCCAUAUUCAUUGAAUCUUAUAGUUCUAUAGGAAAGAGACUAAUAGCCCCAUCUCACAGAUAUGGAAACAAAACACUUAAGUGUGAUGAGUCAAAUUUGCCUUACUGUGGCAAAAUAUCUGAGAAUAAAUCUUGGAAUCAAGCUUUAUUUUAACUCAUGGUUGCAGAGGCCCUUGAACUCUGGGCCCUGUCCCUCUAAGCCUGAGGUGAGGUGAUGCAUCAUGAUGGGGAGGUCAUGAUAGAGCCACGGUGCUAGAGCUCAUGAAUGCCAGGAAGCAAACAAGGGCCGAGAUCCCAGUUCCUCUCCAAGCGCCCCUCCCUUACGACUCACCGCCCACCUCUUCCACCACUUCCCAAGAGCACCACUGACUGGUGCCAAGGCUUCAGCCUUUGGGGAACAUUCCAGGUCCAAACUACAACAGUAUCUCAUUACACAGGGUGGUGGAGCAGGGCAGGCAGCUUUGUUCCAGAGCCCUGCAUCUCAGCCAGUCUUCUAUUCUUCCUCAGAUAAAAUACAUCAAGGUUGUGAUUGAAAUAACACUGUUGUUUCUUGAAUUCCAAUGUGAGAGCUUCAAGAGAAUUCCAAAACUGAAGUUGAGUUAUCUGUAACAUAUAGAAAGAACUUUUAAGUCUAAAUAAAAUUUGAAUUAAUGACCAGCGUAUUUUGAAAAUAACCAGCAGGGCACGGCUUUUUUCCACCAUAAGAGGGUAACAGAGGAAGGCUGAGGCUGACACCUGAGCGGCCAGUGAAGACAAAAGAAGCUCAGACAACAAAUGAGUUUGUCAGGCAGCUGGGCCCGGGAUAUGACUCUUGUUUUUCAGAAAGUGAUGGCAGCGGGAGUCUAAGAAGCAGCAAACUGACUUGAGGUAGUGGCUUCUUCUGCCAGCCAGUCUGGAAUGAAGGGUACUUCGUAAUUUAACUGGGCAGACAAGUGUGAAUUAUUCAGAGAAUUAGUCCAGUGCCAUCAGGACCCUGGUCACAGAGAGAGCACUAGAGAAAUAAGUGGAGGGCUUUACAUACAAAAAGGGAAAAGUGAAAAAUAAAGUACUCUUGAAAUAAUUUGAAUUUCACAAAUAAUAGUAGCACAAUAUUAUAGAUAAUAUUAUAAAUGAUAUAAGCGUAACAGGAAGCAAAUCUUACUAACAUUGAGAGGGAAAUAGCUAUAAAGAUAACCUUGAAGUUAAAACAGUUAUAGGGACCAUUGCUACCUUUUUCUCAUUGUUUUUUGUUUUGUUUUGUUUUGCUUUGCUUUCUUUGAUUUUGUCAUUUGCUUUUUAAAAAGGUGUUUUACAGGGA